CACACGGACGAAGCCGAAGCGACCUGGAGAGAUAUGGCAAUGGCGCCACUGCACGCUCGUGCUUGCUGCUCGCCCACCCCCACCCCCACCCCGAGCACCGCCCCUCUCCUCCCCUCCUCCGCUUCCAUCUCCGCCUUCAUCGCCUCCCAUCCAGCCCUCACCCUCCUCCACACGCGAUGCGCCUCCAUGGCGCACCUGCGCCAGCUCCACGCCGCGCUCGUCAAGUCCGGCCUCGCCAGGGACCCCAUCGCCGCCAGCCGCGCUGUCGCCUUCUGCGCGGGCCCGGGUCGCAACGUUACCUACGCGGAGCGUAUCGUGAGGCACCACCCGAGGCCCAACUCCUUCAUGUGGAACACCGUGAUCAAGGCGCUGUCCGACGGGGCCGGACCGGAGGCUGCCGUCGCCUUGUUCGUCGACAUGCUCGGUUCGCCCAUGCUGCCAGAGCGGCGCACGUUCCCUUCGCUGUUCGCGGCGUACGCGCGCCUGGGACGCGCCAGCGACGGCGCGGCGCUCCACGGGAUGGCGCUCAAGCUCGGCCUCGCCGGGGACGCGUACGUGCGCAACGCCACGAUCGCCAUGUAUGCGUCCUGCGGCCGCGCAAACGAGGCGCUGGCUCUGUUCGGCCAGUGCCCAGAGUUCGACGUGGUGGCGUGCAACAGCGUGAUUGUGGCGCUCGCGAGGGCCGGGCGCGUCGAUGAGGCGCGGGCGGUGUUCGACGGCAUGCCGGAACGGACAGUCGUGACGUGGAGCGCCAUGGUAAGUACGUACGCGCGCGCCGCAAGGUGCAAGGACGCCAUGGCGCUGUUCGCGGCAAUGCAGGCUGACGGCGUGGAGCCGAACGCCAACGUGCUCGUCAGCGUGCUGGGCUGCUGCGCCAACCUCGGCGCGCUGGAGCAGGGCGCGUGGGUGCACGCGUACAUAGGCACCCACCGGGUCGCCAUGAACGCGCUCGUCGUCACCGCCUUGGUCGACAUGUACUGCAAGUGUGGCUCCAUACACAAGGCUCGCCAGGUGUUCGACACCGCAAGAUCACAGGGCCUGGCCAAGCUAUCGUCUUGGAACUCCAUGAUGCAGGGGCUGGCGGUGCACGGGCAAUGCCAAGAAGCAGUUGCCUUGUUCUCCGAGCUGAAUUCGUACGGCCUGAGCCCAGACAACGUCACCUUCAUCGCGGUCUUGACGGCUUACGGCCAUUCCGGCAUGCCCGAGGAGGCGAAAGCCGCCUUCGCAUCAAUGGCGAGCGAGCACGGCGUCGUUCCGGAGAUCGAGCACUACGGCUGCAUCGUCGACGCGCUCGCCCGUGCCGGGAGGCUCCGGGAGGCCGAGGACGCAAUCUGGUCGAUGCCGAUGGCGCCGGACGCGGCCGUCUGGGGCGCGCUACUCUCCGGGUGCCGCCUGCACGGCGACGCCGAGUUGGGGGCGCGCGCGGCGCGCGAGGCCGUGCGGUGCGAUCCGCGCGACAGCGGCGCGUACGUGCUCGCGGCGAGCGUGCUGGAGCGCGGCGGGGAGGCCGGCUGCGGCGCUGGCGUGAGGGGAAGGAUGAGGCAGGCCGGCGUGGCGAAGGUGCCCGGGUGUAGCAUGAUCGAGGUGAACGGUGUCGUGCACGAGUUUGUGAGCUAGCUCUAGUGUACUAGUGUUCACCAGCAUCGAGAUGACAUGCACAUGACUCUCGUAAAAUGUAGGUAUAUACCUGUGAAAAAUUCAAAUCGUAAUACUGUUUGACCAUGCAAUUUGAACACAUACA